CGCCGCCGCCGCCGCCGCCGCGGCCGCGCAGUGCCGGAGCCCGCGCUGCGCCGCCGAGAGGAGGGGAUUCCGGCGGGAACUCGACUCCUGGAGACACCGCCUCAUGCACUGUGUAGGUUUCGAAAGUAUUUUAGAAGGGCUUUAUGGACCAAGGCUACGAAGAGACCUCAGUUUAUUUGAAGACUGUGAACCAGAAGAGCUGACUGAUUGGUCUAUGGAUGAAAAAUGUUCGUUUUGUAACCUACAAAAAGAAACAGGCAGUGAUCAUUCAACAACCGUUGGUUCUUCACAGUCGACACCUACAGACGAACUGUCAUCUCAGGGCCAGUCCAACACUGAUAAGAUUGAAUGCCAAGCAGAAAAUUACCUAAAUGCACUCUUUCGAAAGAAAGAUCUUCCUCAGAACUGUGAUCCUAACAUUCCCCUAGUUGCUCAGGAAUUAAUGAAAAAGAUGAUACGUCAGUUUGCAAUUGAGUACAUUUCCAAAAGUGGUAAAAUUCAAGAGAAUAGAAACGGUUCAGUUGAACCAAGCCUAAUAUGUAAAGGUAUCCAAAUGAAUCCACCGGAAAACUCCCUUCAGGAAGAACAGGAUGGCCCCCUAGACCUCACUGUGAAUCGAAUGCAAGAACAAAAUACUCAGCAAGGAGAUGGAGUGCUAGAUCUCUCUACAAAGAAAACCAGCACAAGAUCCGAAGAGUCAUCACGUGACCCAUCUUCUGAGAAUUCAAUGACUGGUUCCACUAUUGAUGCAAAAUCAGAGGAAGCUCCUAAAAUGGAAAAAAGAAAAUCCGCCUUAAACAGAGUUUUGGAAUCUUUGUGCAAACAUCACCGACAUCAAAUCUUGGCGAUGUUGAAAUUUUUAAUCCAAGAGCUAAAUGCUUCUUCCAUUUGCAGUUGCAAUCCCUCCCAUGCUCUGGCUGCAACUACUCCGGGACCUCUCCCUGAAGACGAAGGGCGUGGGCUGCCCUGUAGUUGCGAAUACAGGCUGACCAAAAGAGGUGAAAGAAAUCGAGCCGGUUUAGCCUCGCUGUCAGUCUUGGUCAAAGAUUUGCGGUGCUUCCCUUGCCAGGCCGCGGCUCUGGAGCACAUGAAGGCGGAGGUGAGUAGAGGAGGAGCAAACUCUCACCAUCCUCACCGAUGCUUCCCUGGACAAUUCCCGAGCUGCUGCCGUGAUUCCCCACGAUCGGCGUGGCGCACGCGCUCUCCGACCAAAGUGUGCGACUUGUCCGUCAGUGUGAAAGACUCGGGCAGAUCGCGUAGCCCCUCGCCCCCGCCACUGUCACCCGUCCGGACGGAAGAUUUUGAAAAGCUGAAAGAUUCGAGCUCGGGCUUUCCGGCUCUAGAGAACAACAGGCCGGAAGCCACCGUCAAGCAGCCUCCGUCUCUCUUGCCGGCCGAAGGCAGUAGUGGCGAGGGGGACGAGAGAGGUAAAAUCUGUGGGGCACCACUCUCUGGCCACACAAACGAGUCUAUGCCCUCCUGGGAAACCAUCAGCCACUGCACUCUAAAUUGUGAAAAGUUUGAGCGGGUCGGCGAAGGCCCGGCCAUUUUUCAGGAUUUAAUGGAUCGAAUUAAUGAGAAGUUAAAAUCCAUCGAACCCACCGACAUCACCAGUCUGGUCAAGCUGUCCAGUAGCGACAGCAGCCCUGAAAACAAUAACAUAAAAUUAGGAGACUUAAUAACUUCCCUGUUGCACAACGGUAAAGCCAAUGAUUACAGUUUUAUGGAACUACUGAAUCAGCACGAUAAAAAGGUGGAAAAUAAAAUCAUUCAGACUAGAUUUCGCAAGCGUCAGGAAACGCUGUUGGCGAUGCAUAACUCUCCUGAUUCACCCUUGUUUAGACGGCAGUCUUUGCAGAUAAAGAGGGAGCUGGCCAGCCUCGAUGAACAUUUUGUCAGGAAAAAAUCAACCUCUGAAAAAAAUUCCAAGAAGCUGAUGGCCAGUGAUGAGAAAAUCCCAGAGCGAUACGAUGCCUUGGAAGACUACGCCUUGCAGAAUCCCCAAAGCCUCCCCAGUGUAACUCUUGAAGAAGCAUCACUGUUUUUCCCAAUACGCGAAUUGCCGUCAGCACAACUACCUCUGCGUAACUUUGAAAAUAAUCCCAGAGUUGACACGUUCUCGGCCAGCUUUACUGCGACUACCCCAGAGAGGACGAGCCUACCUGCAGCCCGAGACGACCCGGCAGUUGACAAAGACCAGAUGCCGAGUGAACUAGAGACUGCGAGACUGGAAAACAAUCCUGUCCCUUUGAAAGGAGAUCUCGACGGACUCUUGAGCCGAACCAAGCGGAACAUUGUGCCUCCGGGAUGGUACUCUGUGUACGUAACAAACAAUUUUCUAUUUAAAAAAAACCCCAAGGUCCAGAAAGCUCCCGAAACGCCGGAAAAGGACAUGGUGAGAGACCUUCGAGGUGAAGGAGCAGACGAUUCAGACGUAAACACAGUUGCAAGAAACACGGAUCUGCAGAUCGUUAUGGAGUGCUUGGAAGACACGGUCGACAUAGCCAACGCGACUCUGGAGAAGCAGCCGUUAUCCGAAGGGCAGAAAACACCCAGGCGACCGAAAGACGGCGCACGUCUCAGAAUUCAAAGCGCCAGGAGGGACUUGCAUUUUAAACUGUCGGAAACGAUCACCGGAGAGCAGAGCUUUAUACCCCAGUCUCUGGGGCCUUCCAGCAAUGACGGUAAAAGGGACUAUGUUUCGAUGAGAGACUGUGCCAAAGCUGUAGAUCGGGGGCUUGGCAGCAGCCUGACCCGAUCUUCCGUAUUAGAUUUGCAGUGCAGGCCCGAAGUCGGGGAGAACGCUUCUUUUUCCACUUACUCGAGUCCUAUCAAGUUGAUGUUUGUCUCAGAGGUGAAUAGCAGCGAAGGGGUCAAAUAUACUUUAACGUCCGUCGGUGCCCCAAAGGCAAACGUUGAUCUUUGUUCUUUUGAAAAAUGCCCAACACACGGCCCAGUGGAAACCAAGGGAGAAGCCGGCAAGGGUGCCCCCGAGACUUACCUGGGAGCUUUUAGUUACGAUUCCAAUGGAAAUGAAAGCAGCCCAGAGGAAGCCAGGGACCCUGGGUGUGCCUGGGGCCCUGCUGCAGAGGCCUGCACGGCUUUGGCCAGCGAUGCAAGUGACUGUAAGCCGCAGGAAGAAUCUCUGGAAAAACCAGGCACCGUUUGUGAGUCCUCUUCCAAAAGGAAACCGGGCAGGCCCAAAAAAAUAGGCCCUCAGGUUGUCAAGCAGAUUAAGCGGCCCAUCGGGAGGCCCCCGAAACCGAAAAUUGACGCAACUGAGAGCACGAACUGCAGGAGGGAGCCCACCGGCGUCGAGAAGAGGAGCCCAGAACCUUCGAUUUCAGGAAUCGGCGGUGGGGCCGGUAAAAGUAUCACGGUGACUGUUGUCUACGGAAGGUCCAGAAGAACGAAAAGGCACGUCUCAGAAGGCAACGCAGAUCUAAGCGGUGCAGCAUCUUUAAGUAACCGUGACGUUGAUUUUCCGCAUAGAUGUAACAGCCUGGGACAUUCCAGAGCAGCAGAGCUUGGCUCGGAUGAGAGAAGAAACGACACGCCAACUCUGGCUACUGAAACCGAGAUCUUGGGGUCUGGCUAUGAGCAUAUUAGACCUGCCAAGAACAAGUCCGCGAUACCUCACCCUUGCAGGAAUAUCAUACGUCCAAAUCAGAAGCCGUUGGCAGUAAUCAGGAAACCGGGUAGGCCAGCCAAAGUGAAAAUCUCCGGCAUAUCCGUGACUGUUAACAGACUUUCACCUCAGGAAAGACAAGUAAGUAUUAGCAGCUGUUUGCCUCCUCUCCAACAAGAGGCCGCGUUGUCAGAGAAGACCCUGUCCGAAGAGAAGCCGGGCGAUCAAGGGACUCAGACGGAUCCAACGGGGUCCCCUCCGGGUGAUCUGUUUGAGGGGGAGUCAGAGCGGCAGGUUACUACCGUGCCUCUGAGGCACUCCAUUCGAGAUAGAAAACCAUCGCUGCAUUUCUUACACUCACUGGCCUCGUCCAGUUCUUUGACUUACCGAAACGCCUUGCUGCAUAAAUCGUACAAACUCCAUCUGCAGAAAGCUAAAGAUCAAAAGGAGAGACGUAAGCGGCCGAAGCCCAACGGGGCAUCCAGAGACGCCCAGGCUACCAGGAAUUCAGGGAACACGACCCAGGCCCCGUCCCGGGACGGCUCCGGCCCCGGAAGCGACGCCGUGUCCUUGGACCCGAUCUUUUCCUCAAACCCUAAUCUCAGGUGGUGGGCUAGUUCCACCUCCAACGAUUCCCUGUUGGAAGAGCUCAACCAGAGAUUUGAACAGAUCACCAACGCCUGGUUGCAAGUGAGCGGGGAUGAAUCGGAAAACUACCCCUAUGAGAAACAGAACCGCCUCGAACGAGAUGACGACGGUGUCAAGAGGCCAAGCCCCCUGGAAACCUGCCUCGUGGAACUCGAGGUCUCACCCGUCAAAAUGCUCUUUCAGAAAAAAUGUGACAUGAAUGAGCUCUGCACCUGGUUCAUGCAGACUACAGAAACGCAAUCCCUCUCACUGGUCAGAAAAGCAAACGCUCGCAAUCCUCUGGAAGUCAUCAGCACGCGGGGCGUGAAGCCAGGGGCCAAGCCGUCCGAUCUCAACGCCAGUCCGUUCAGAAAGCACUUAAAAAAAUUUGCACUAUCCUCUCCUUCCAAGGCAGCGGGGAAACUGCAGAUACUGCAUCAAAUGGCGAGAUCGCCCGUCUUAAAUGUGAAAAGUAAUUUCACGCUGACUAGGUUAAGGAGGACGGACUUUAAGAGGCUCCAGCACGAGAGGUGGAGGCAGGUGAAGAAACUGCACAACUGCGGGCCCGUGGAGUGGAGUUCUAAGAGGAGGAACUUGAGAUUCUUGUGCCAGAACCAGUUUUUGAACAACGGUGAUCUAGCCCCACUCCCGGGCAACCACCCAGUAGAGGCUCAGGCAGCCCUGCAGCCCAAGGGGGAACUCUCUGACCGCGACACUCGCCCUCGGUUAGGAAACGUGUUCGAGGCCCCGGCAAAGGCCAACGGGGCACACUGUUGCCCAAAAGACGUUGAAAAAAGACCAAAGCAAGGAAAAAUCUGUCCCGGUGCGUGGAGAUCGAAAUCUUUUAGAGACUGUCGGAUAUUUUUGAGAAAGAUCAGCACUGUUGAUCAGAGAAACGCGUUGCGGCUCAAUACGAUCGUUUACUCUCCCGAAUCUGCUGAAAGUGGAAGCGGUCCUCAGCCUCGCGUUGAAGAAUCGAAGCACAGCACCUCAAGAUCCCAGCCCACCAAGCAGGAUUCACUGAGAGGACAGUCGAAAGCCGUAGAAGUAGCUCGAGCGGACGAUGCUUCAGAUGGCAGGUUGGUCGGCCAGCUGGACGGCAGUCAGUUAAACAAAUGCGUUAGUUAUGACAGGAGCCUUUCUGAGAGUUCGGAAGCUCUCAGCAAGCGGAAAAGACCACCAUGGAAGACCACUGACACGAUCGCAACAAAAAGACAUAAGAGACAAUCUUGCAACAGUGGACAAAUGACAAAUUAUUAUUCAAAAUAUCAGCUAGGUAAGUUUUUCUCUCCUUAA